AUGCACACAUCUAACAGAUUUCACCCUGUCUAUGGCUGUGUUUUAAUCCUGGUUAGCGUGAUGUAUUUCAAUGUUGAAGCGAAAUGUCCGGCUGGCCUGAAGAACAAGACGUAUCGGCGUGACCUUUCUAGAAUCUGCCCUGCCUGCAUAGAGGUUUCGUGGUUGAUUCGACCGCCUUUUACUUUUCAAAACGGCAAUUAUACUUCAGGAAUACUACCAGGUACUAAGGUUCAAUUUUUUUACAAACAUCUCACUUUAAAAUCUGUAUGAAUGCGGGACCAUGUUUUGCUGCCUUGCGAUUGCAUCGAACAAAGUGUUACCUACCCAAGGUCGUAACAAUUAAGGUGGGAGGGGACCGGGUGUGUUGUUAACUGUUCGCAGAAGUGCUUAUAUUGCGAUGCCUAAUUUUCAUUUAGUAUAGCCAUUUUUAAAUAUGGAUAGUACAUUGACAGUAUCACUAUAAAAUUGUUUAUUUAAUAUUUGUAAGCGUCAAUCUUAGAGCCUGUUUACAUGGAGUGGGGGAACCCGGUUUAGUGGGGUAAGUUUCUUUUGUUUUCACGCUCUGGGGGACACAAAACAAAAGAAACUUACCCCACUAGACCGGGGUCCCCCACUCCAUGUAAACAGGGUCUUAGACGCAGGGGGCUGCGAUCCGUUGCCUCAAUUAAGCCUUUGGGCCCGGGGGUUACUUUAGGAAUUUCUGGAUGGGGAUGUGCCGCUGGGACCCUGGAACCCGUAACCUAUACCAGCUAGUUCAGCUGAAUUUUGCUACCCUAUACUAGAGUAAACUCCCCAAAUCCCCCCUAUCCUAGAGUAGCUGUUUCCCUAGUCUAUAUAAAAUCUUCAACCAACUGAUCAGUUUCCUGAAAAAUGAUACCCUAUUCUAGACCCAAACGCUCUGAUUUAUAUACCCCAUCCAAGAGUAAACUGCCUGAAAACCAUAUCCUUCAAGGCGGCACAUACCUAUAUAGCCCAUAUAUGGCAGUACCCCACUCCCCCGGCCUUUGGGUAGGUCGAGAUUCUCGUUUACCAUGAAAAGCACGUGGUUGUAGAGGUAAGGUUUGAAAAUGCCGAGAAAUUGGUAUUUCCAAUGAACUUCGCAGAAAUACUGUUGAGUUUGGAGGCGCCGCCCCACCUAAUACAUUUUACCCAGCUUUCCAACUAUGUUCGAGAAAAAUUUAUCGCGCCUUUAAAUUUGGUUACGUGGCUUCUCGUGAUAUUUCGUUACAGCUCUGCUGGAUCUGAUGUUAACCAAGUGCUGCGGGAACCACACCCCAAGCUGCUGGCAAGUGACGUAUCAUCCCCCGGUUAAAAACCCUGAGCAGCUGCUCCGUUUGUCACGUGAUUCUCACGUGAUCUACCCAGUCAUUGUUGAUAAGCAAGAAGCGGUCAGUCUGGAUCAUAACCUGAUUAGUCUGAUACCUCCUUCCAGUAUUGGGUUUGUCGUUCCUAGAGGCAAGAGGGAAAGCUUCCCAAAGAAACUUCUAAUGUCUGUGUUCGAAGCAUGGCCAGUGUUAAUAUUAACUAUUCUUCUUUCAAUUUUGGCUGGUGUCCUUUUGUGGGUACUGGUAAGUGGAAUUGGCCACGUGCAUGAGCUGGAUUUUUGAAAAUGUCACCGCCGCCUUUACCUCGCUCUUUCUAUUUUUCCUUUCCUUGUUCUUGACUAAUGUAAUUUUCGGGCUUAUCAGACGCCAAAAAAACCCUGCCUUUGGCCUUUUUGACGUAAAUGGCUGCAAUUUCGCAAGGUACGUUUUCAAAAAUCCGGCUAAACGUACCACCGGCAAAUUACUUAGGGGAUGCGUAAUCAAACAACUUAAUACGCGCUUUCGAAGCGUUUUAGGGGGCUAAUCCACCUACCUAAUCAGCUUGGGCUACCGACUGCACAAUGCAGUGGUUUUUAAAUAUUUUGGUAAGUUUAGAUUAUUACUACACUUUUUUCCAGAUUGAGUGUAUAGCUACUCCUCGUCCGUGGAAUGUGAUUAUAGAUAUUGUAGGUCGUAGGGGGAAACGUAACGCGAUCCGUCCGCCAUUUUGUCUUUCUGCUGCACAGACGAGGGCCUCCAUUUUUCAAUUGGGCUUUGACACAGGCAGAUCAAUAAUGAAGCAAUGAUUUCUGUCACUGCCACAGUGACGCAACACCGCAAAUUUCUUCUUGAAAAUGAAAAAGUUAUGGGGAGGGUGGCGAAUGUUUGAGCCGCAUGAAUUUUUUUUCGUUAACAUUUCCCUGGUAUGAAUUUUUUUAAGUCAGACCAUGAUUAUUCUUAGGGGUACUACUUGGCGUGAAUGAAUUUUUUCAUUUCAUUUUUCCUUGCACGAAUGUUUUUUUGGUACUUCGCCUCUCCCCCUCCUCCCCAUACAUUUUCUAAUGGUCCUUCCCUAAAGAAAAUACUGGUUACAUGUCGUUUCAAAUCGACAGAAGGUCUUUUAUUCUUGGAAACGUAAAAUAGCCGCCAAAAGACGUCACAUGACAACUAUAAAUUCACUUAUUUUUCAAAGAUUUAUUGUACAGAGGCUGUGCUUACACUUAAAACAUGCUAUUGCCAGUAGGAAUUGAGAAAACAGCGUUAUGUAACGAAAUUUUUGGGUUUGUGUUUCAGGAUACUUGGUUUAACGAGGAACAAUUCCCUCGCAACUUUUUCAGAGGCUCGUGGGAAGGAUUCUGGUGGGCAUUUGUUUCCAUGACAACUGUGGGGUAAUGUAUUAUAGUAAGGGUGAUCCAUCUCCAUAACUACAGUAGAGUUGCAGUAGAAUCCCGAUUUCUCGAGCCAUCGGUUUCCUCGAAAUUCUUAAUAUUUCGAACCAAACCCAACUUUCCUUUACGCGUUAAACACUUUAAUUUUUAUUCCCUAUUUUUUUCAAACCUCCUGAUAAUAGACCUUUCCCACAUUCCUGUAAACAAAGGCACCGACCCGAGGUUGGGGUGGACAAAAUACAGUGAUUUGUAUGAAAUUUUCCACCCGAGCCUUGUCCUCAUUUCUUUAUGUUUUCUCACUGGAGCGUAAUGUGGGAAAGGUCUAUUGCCCACAUUCGAUAUAGUAAAAUUCUAACAUAACUCCGAGGCUUUAGGGUCAAAAUUGCAAAUUUCUCACAACUCCAUUGUCUCACAAUUCCCAUCAGAGACUUGAGCACAAAGAAAACCCAACCAAAUACAGAAAAAUGACCACAAAGCCUCCAGUCAUGUUAAAAUUUUAAUAUGUAGAACGUGGACUAUUCGAAUCAGUUUGCUUUUCUCAAGGUUGUUCGAAAAAUCGGGAUUCUAAUGUAUAUUCAUAUUUGGAUUAGUUCCACGUUGUUUUCACAGGGAUAAGAGGUACUCUUGGUGAUGGCCUGUAGUAAAAUCUGCCUUUAAACUUUCUCGUUUGACACCGGUAAAAUUCUUUUCUCAUUUUGAGUUUAAGCAGGACAGAAAAAAUGCGGCAGAACAAACAAACAAAAAGAGACAACUUCGCAAGAAAGGGAACCUAGAUGUCCCCCUAUUUUCCGGCUUAGUCCGCCUUAGCGAUUACGUAUUACCAUCGAUGUUGCCUUCGAUUUCAAGUUUCACUCUUAUUCCUGUUUUUUCCUUGUGUGAAAACAUAGGUACGGUGAUCGAGCGCCCAUUUCUCUGUUGGGAAGAACUUUUGCGGUGUGCUGGAUUCUAAUUGGAAUCUGCAUUUGCUCAAUAUUCACCGCUACUUUGACUACGUCACUUACAACUAUCAGCCUCGACACCAAGAAGAGUCUACCAGGUUCCAAGGUGAGGAUCUCCCAUUUUUGUCUGUUUGAUUCACAAAAGGUUCGCUCCUUUAUAAUUUAACAUCUAAUUUGUUUUGUUUUUAAUUAUUCUAUUUUUUAAGAAAUUUACUUUACUGGUCAAGGAAAUUUUCUAUUAUAAUUCUCUUUGUCCCUGGGGAAAGCCUUUCGCUAAUAAAAAUUAAACCCGCGUACACGGACACCCGUUAAUGCGGACAUCGGACACUUGUGCUUCGCGCAAUCAACAGAUUCUCAUAGAAAGUCAACGUCGUUUAUUUAUGGGGACAAUUCACUGUCAACUGUGUUUGUAAUAAGCCUUUCCUCCUCGAAGUAAUAAAAACCUGUAGUAGCCAGCAUGUCGUUGUUCCCAACGCUACAUUACACUGGAAGUGUGUUUUUUACUCAAAGAGCACGACCUGCUCAAUUCAGACACCCUGUUAAUACUGACACUUUCUAUGACCCCCUCAAUGUCCGUAUUAAGGAGGUUUUUCUGUAUUGAAGUAACAUGAAAUGUUUAUUUAUACGUGCUUCUUAUUCUGUUUAGGUUGGAGUUAUAAAGCGUUCCAUAGAAAUGGCAUUAGCUAUGCAGCAACAAGCUGAUAUUGAACGUAAGCAACGUUUUGUUCUAUUCGAGGUUUAUGGGGCUUUGAACUCAAGGAUUAAGUUUACAAUCUCAUUAUAGCAUAUGUGCCUGCUAUGCUGACUUUGAAAACUUGUUAUCUUGUGUGUGAUGUAAGGAGAAAAAAUCAGACCGCACCCUUUGCUCAUCCUCUACAGGCUCCAUUACCAGCCGCUGUUACUAAUAAGGGAAGAUCCCUGUUGGGUUAGCCUAUCAGAAUGCGGCAAAGUAUAAUCUGUGACGUCCGAGGGAAUAUAACUAACCUUUAUUCCCCCGAGUUUUCCAUGCGUUUGCUUUGCUUUGGUUGUUUUUUUUGUCAAAGCCUUUGUGUGCACUAUCUUCUAGUUGGUUUAAUGUAUUAGUUGGGUUCAGGAGUUGGGGCACUCGAAAAUCUUUCGAGUUUUACGAUUCUGCUUAACCCUGCAUGGACAUCAGCAUGUCUAAACGGUCAAGUGUGUCAACAUUCGCUCAAGACUUGUAUGCUAAAUAACGCCUUAGAUUUGAUUGUGUCAAUUUGACCCAUGUUAGGUUGCUUUAAUUUAUCCGUGUCACAAUGUAGACCAAAAUGAUAUUAUUUUUGUUAUUGUAGUCUACAACUCUGUUGAGGAAAUGAGUUUUGCCUUGGACAAUGGAGUUAUUGAAGGUACUUUCUUACUCAGCUCCAGUUAGCUGAUUUGAGCUAUUUAUCCUCUCUUACUUAGCCCUUUGAAAGAGGAUCGCAGCGGCCAUCAUUACAAAUGGUGAUGCUACUGACGUAAUAAACAGCGUUAGACAUUUUUAAGUUACCCGAGGGACAGAGGGGUCAGUGUUGAGGAUCAUACUUCACGAUUGGUCUGUUUUGAGGACUUUUUCGCUUCUUUUAUUGGCUCAUACGAGGCUGUACAGAAAUUUGGGUCAGAAUUCGUCCCCUAGAACAGACCAGAACUUGGUCAAGAGCUUAAAUAUCACUUAUCAACAGCUCGCCUCAUGGCAAGCCAUCCAAGUGUUCAUUCCGAUCAGAAAGCUUUGAGUGCAUUACUACUUUAAAUUAACCUGAAUAACUGGACUAGAAGACUCUAAAGAUGUUUGAAUUAACCAGGGAAAGCUUCGCCCAAACGCACUCAGAGCUUUAUGUUCGGAGUUAACGCUUAGAUGGCUUGCUCUUUAACGAGCUGUUGUUAAGUGGUAUCCAAGCAGGUGACUAAAUUCUGCAAAGAGAUAAUUCAACAUAAUACGCCAUAAUCUACGCCAGUCUCACCGGCAGCCUCGACAUGGACAAUACCUAUCUUAGGAUAGCUGUAGCAGAGAGGUUGAAACUUUAGCUUUUGGUAGUUGAUGUUAAGCAUAAUACGUAGCCUUAAAAUUACCCAAACGAUUAUUCCGCAGUUGCCGUGAAUGGAAAAUCGGUUCCAGUUUACUGCCGACCCAGCAUACGAAGAGUCUCUUUACUAUAUUUCUUAACCUUAAUUUUAACUUAGUUGUUUGUUGCUACCUUCCAAUAGCUAGCGAGUUAGUAACUCGAGGCAGGUAGUGAUGACGAAAUACUUGAUGAAAACGUCCCAAAAAAACAUUUCCAGAUUAAAAGUUUUGCCCUAAUUUUGAAAUGUCGGAAAAGGCCUGUUUUGUCUACUUGCCAUCUUAUGCUAUUUUUGUAUUACAGGCGUACUCUUGGACAAUUAUCAAAUAAGUCACUACACAGAGACACUAUUCCCAGACAGUAAAUUCAAAACAGAUGAAAUCAUUAAAGUUGAGUCGCUGUCAUAUGGCGCGGUUGUGAACGAUACAUAUUUGAGAAAGUGUUUCAGACGUUUAAUCGCUGAAGACAAAUACCUGCUUUACGACUUUACAAGAAACGAACUUACAAAAACACUUAAGGUAACUAUAACCAAACUGAGGGGUUUUUUUGGUCCGUUGACAUAUCUCAGUUUGGUUUUAUUCCAGAUCAAUGUUGUAGGUAUAUUCUUUCUUGCAGGGUGUAUGACCGAGUGGUCAGCGUAUCGGGCUCGUAAUCCAGACGUCCUGGGUUCGAGUCCAGCCCUUACGUACCAUCAAACUAGCAUCUGGAUUAUUUGUUUCCCGGUGAUCCCGAGUUACCCCCCCAACCAUGGUUGUAAAUAAACAACUGGCGCAUCCUGCGAGCUGAAAUUUUUUCUUGUCAUGUUUUGUUCCUUUUGGUUCAUUUCUUAGUUCCCGCAGAAAAGAUUAGCGCACUUCAUUCAUGUACAAAGCAUUGACCACUUAACAUUUCAAUUGAUAAAUUGUCGAAUUAGAUCAUUUGUUUUGCUUGACAGUGAUGAGGAUUUCCCCCUCCCCGUUUUUUUGGCCUAGCACUAAUUGCUACAUCUGAUCACCCUAAGCUGGAAGAGGAGACUGUUUUUCUUCGCCAUAUCCAGAUUACGAACAGUAGUAUCGGUUAUUUUCUUUUUUUAAGUUUCUUGUAUUCACAGAACUAGUGUAUAGAAAUAAUUUUAUUUACAAAUAUGCUAAGUAAAAAAUAUUUAACAUACUUUUAGCUUCUAAUAGGAAAGAGUCGAUUGUGUCCCAUUAGAUUCAGUGGUAGGUUAAAGUUGGAAGAUUCAAAAAAUGGUGAAUUUUCAUAAAACUUACUGUUCGAAUUUUUUAGUUCUUAAACAAUCCCUCACCCUUAUUCAAAAGUACAUAUUAAAGGGUGUAAACGUCGUAUGAUAGACGAGUUUUUAUCUUUAUUGUUUAGGGAGGAGGAGAUGAUGAAGCCGUGCAGAAUUCUCAGAGUAUUUUCGAUCCCACUGGUGAUCUGUUUUAUCCUUCUUUAUACACCUGCAUCGCUCUUGUGGUUAUCAUUUUCCUGGUGGGUGUGGUAACCGAGCUGUUUUGCUUCAGAACUGGCCGAUGCAAACUUUCAAAGAAAGGCAAGGCUAUCAAUCAAAUAUAAAUAACUAUGCACCUACCUAAUCUGCGAUUAAUAAUUGUCUAAAUAUUAGAAUACGUUCUCUUGAAAAUGAAACAAGCAGAAUCGAAUCGAUCACAAUGCACUGACCACAAAACAUUAUUAAUCAGCCAUGUAAAGAACUAAGCACAACGCUACAUAGUCUGCUUUGCAGGUGCCGCUCGGGCCAGAGCCACACAGGAGGGAGCUUUAGCAUCGACGACGGCAACGGCAGCGAAAACGUCAGUUUUAAAAUGAAUUCCCGUUUUUUUCAAUCUUUGUCGCGUUUAUUCUAAUUUGCUGAAAAUGGUAAGUGUAGGCGAAUUUCCCUGGAGUUGAUUUCUUGAGGACCGCACUCAAGUUUAGAGAGAGAAAAAGAGAUUCGUCGUCGCUUGUUUACGUCCGCCAUAAAAUUUGCAAUUAGGCAUUUUCACGUCGUAGUCGUGCAAGGACGGUAAAGAAAUGUACAAAAAAGCAUGAUUGUUUUGCUAAUAUAAACCUAUUGCUUUUUUGACGUCCUCGUUGCCGUCGUCGUCGUCGUUGCUAAAGCUCCCUAGUGUUACCCGCGAGGGAGUCUGGACUCAACGCAAUUACAUGUAACAGAUGUAUGCGCGGGAAACCCGCACAAAGCAAGUUUCACGUAACCUCUCAGUAACUGGCUGAAAAAAUUCGUGCGAAUGUUAUUAGCCGAUCAUGAUGUACCGCAACGCAAUACCAUUUAUAUCAAGUCACGUAAUUCAAAACCGCUCCGGUCUCUUGUCUUAAACACGAUCAUCAGAGUUUGAAGGCCUUGGCGGCUCAGCUACACCCAAACUGCCCUCAAGUGUCCCCCGAGUCGCAGACGUUCCUCCGCGCGAAACGUCCCCAGCGACGAAGAGCGAGGAGAAACGACUGUUUUCGCAGGCUAUCCGGGUGUAGGAUAAACCAGUUUUUGAGAUUAGGCGCUGAUAAAAUGAAUUUUUUCUCCUUUUAAGGAGGAAAUCCUUCCGAUGCCAUACCCUUUUCAAAAGUGAAGGGAGAUACUGCACUGGAUCAGUUAGAGCAGGAAAUGCUGGGCGAAGUACAAGCUUUGUUCAACAAGUACCGCGACAGACUGGAAGAAGUUAAAAAUCAGGAGAAUAAUGGAAAUGCCAUGAGUAUGCAUUCUACAGUUUAAACUGUACCCGUUACCAAGAGACGGAACACAUUUCAAAUGCUUGCUCCCGCAGUAGUCACUUCAUCGCCAUAUAAACUGGUGAUGAACCUACCGAUUUUCUUCGUAAAAUUACGGGCAUCCUCGAUGUGAGCCUUCUUUGGAAAUGCAUGUUCGGUUAAUCUUCGCAAGCUCUCAAAUGAUAUGUAACAUUCACGGCCCUAUUGCAUUUUGCUUCAUGCCAUUCUGUUUGAAGUUCUUCGUCGUGAAGAUGUCCCUGAUUUUGGAAAAACUGGUCAUAGAAUACUGCCUCAAAAAGCGAACAGUUUUUUCAUUCUUUUAAAAUGCGCUUUCUUAUUGACGUGUUUGUUCCAGAAAUACCUUUAAUUUUGAAUGGUAGUUCUGAAACCGGCCCGAUUAAAUAUUGAUAUUACA